UUUGACUGUUUCUCAGAGGUGUCGGAGCGGCUCUCCGGCUCCGCUCUGGUAGCACUGCAGCCCUGAAUGUAUGAGACAGUACAUUGUUAAAUGCAAAACCCUGAACAAUUUCGAUGAUCAGAAGGAUCUUAGACUCCAGGUUCAUCGCUCCCUGAAAGAGACUGCACAGAUUGAUCGGGUGGUUAAGAAGGCAAAUGGCAAGGUUGUCUUUAUUAGUUGAAGCACUGAGUUCAAAACUCAUGAAGUUAUGUUGCAGAUUUGUAAAACUUGUCAGCCCACAUCUGGAGUGUUUCAUACAGUUCUGGUCGCCCCCAUUCUCGGAAGGAUGUCGGGGCUUUGGAGAGGGCGCUGAAGAGGUUUACCAGGACCCUGCCUGGAUUAGAGGGCAUGAGCUAUAACGAAAGGUUGGACAAACUUGUGUUGUUUUCUCCAGAGCGGCGCAGGCUGGGGUGAGACUGGAUGGACGUUUAUCAGAUUACGAGAGGAAUGGAUAGAGUGGACAGAGGUCUCCGGGUGGACGGUGUUAUCCUCUCCGCUCAGAGCUGAAGUGGGUCGGCUGUGUGUUCGGGAAAGACUUUCGUCUCUUCCGUCGGGAUCACUGUCUGCGGGCCGAAGAUAUCACUUUCCCAUCGUAGUGUGCAUCAUUCAUUCAGUAGCUCUGGUGUGUUCUGACGUCUCCGGAACGGCUUUUUCGUGUUUACAACAGUAGGAUUAGACCCUUAGACUUGCGGUGAGAGAUUUAUUGGAAGAAAAACCACGACUGAAGACGAGGGAACAGCAACAAGUGAUCCAGCCCGAGGAUUGAGAGCACCGACCGGAGAGAACCCAUCUGACUCGGAGAUUCCAGUGAUUCAGUCAGGAGAAAGUUUGGUUAGAAAAUGACAAGGAAUUUGUCUACAGGAAUCUCAAACAGAACAUACCAGUUUUGCUGUCUCUAUCCAGAUAUUUAAGAAGUGGAGCAAGGGAUUCAAUCGAUCAUCCUUCCUGCUCAGACUGUGGGGAGGGAUUCACUCGGUCAUCCUUCCUGCUCAGACUGUCGGGAGGGAUUCACUCAAUCAUCUGACCAACUGGCAUGCCCGUCAUUUUGCACAGGGUAGAUGCCAUUCAUCUGCUCAGACAGUGGGAAUGGAUUCAUGCGGACAUUUCAACUGAAGGUGCAUCAGCAAGUUCACACUAGGACAAGGCCAUUCACCUAUUCUGUGUGUGAGAAGGGAUUUAGUCAGUGUACCCACCUGUGGACACACCAGUCAGUUCACACUGGGCAGAAGUUGCUCAUCUGUUGAAUUUGUGGGGAAAGAUUCACUCGAUCAUCUGACAUAAUGGCUCAAAAGCAAGUGGACACCGGGGAGCAGCCGUUCACCUGCUCAGCCUGUGGGAAGGGAUUCACGUUGUCAGCUCAUCUGCAGGCACACCAGUCAUUACACACUGGGGAGAGGCCAUUCACCUGCUCGGACUGUGGGAAAAGAUUCACUUCAUCAUCUCAACUUAAGAUACAUCAGCGAGUUCACACUGGAGAGAGGCCGUUCACUUGCUCAGUCUGUGGGAAGAGAUUCACUCAGUCAUCCCACCUACAGAGUCAUCAGCGAGUUCACACUGGGGAGAAGCCAUUCACCUGCUUGGACUGUGGGAAGAGAUUUACUCAGUCAUCCAACCUACAAGCACAUCAGCAAGUUCACACUGGGGAGAGGCCUUUCACCUGCUUGGACUGUGCGAAAGGAUUCACUCAGUCAUCAGCACUGAAGGUACAUCAGCGUGUUCACACUGGAGAGAGGCCAUUCACGUGCUCAGACUGUGGGAAAGCAUUCACUCAGUCAUCCGACUUAAAGGGACAUCAGCAAGUUCACACUAGGGAGAGGCCGUUCACCUGCUCAGUCUGUGGGAAGGGAUUCACUCGGUCAUCUCAACUGAAGAUACACCAGAGAGUUCACACUGGAGAAAGGCCAUUCACCUGCUCAGACUGUGGGAAAGGAUUCACUCGGUCAUCUAAACUGAAGGUACAUCAGAGAGUUCACACUGGAGAGAGGCCGUUCACCUGCUCAGACUGUGGGAAAGGAUUCACACAGUCAUCCUCCCUAAUUGCACACCAGCGAGUUCACACUGGAGAGCGGCCGUUCACCUGCUUGGAAUGUGGGAAGGGAUUCACUCGGUCAUUUCAACUGAAGAUACAUCAGCGAGUUCACACUGGGAAGAGGCCGUUCACCUGCUUGGAAUGUGGGAAGGGAUUCACUCGGUCAUUUCAACUGAAGAUACAUCAGCGAGUUCACACUGGAGAGAGGCCAUUCACCUGUUCAGACUGUGGGAAGGGAUUCACUCAAUCAUCCACCCUAAUGUCACACCAGGCAGUUCACACUGGGGAGUGGCCGUACAACUGCUCCAUCUGUGGGAAAGGAUUCACUCUGUCAUCUAAACUGAAGGUACAUCAGAGAGUUCACACUGGAGAGAGGCCGUUCACCUGCUCAGACUGUGGGAAAGGAUUCACACAGUCAUCCUCCCUAAUUGCACACCAGCGAGUUCACACUGGAGAGAGGCCAUUCACCUGUUCAGACUGUGGGAAGGGAUUCACUCAAUCAUCCACCCUAAUGUCACACCAGGCAGUUCACACUGGGGAGUGGCCGUACAACUGCUCCAUCUGUGGGAAAGGAUUCACUCUGUCAUCUAAACUGAAGGUACAUCAGAGAGUUCACACUGGAGAGAGGCCGUUCACCUGCUCAGACUGUGGGAAAGGAUUCACACAGUCAUCCUCCCUAAUUGCACACCAGCGAGUUCACACUGGAGAGCGGCCGUUCACCUGCUUGGAAUGUGGGAAGGGAUUCACUCGGUCAUUUCAACUGAAGAUACAUCAGCGAGUUCACACUGGGAAGAGGCCGUUCACCUGCUUGGAAUGUGGGAAGGGAUUCACUCGGUCAUUUCAACUGAAGAUACAUCAGCGAGUUCACACUGGAGAGAGGCCAUUCACCUGUUCAGACUGUGGGAAGGGAUUCACUCAAUCAUCCACCCUAAUGUCACACCAGGCAGUUCACACUGGGGAGUGGCCGUACAACUGCUCCAUCUGUGGGAAAGGAUUCACUCUGUCAUCUAAACUGAAGGUACAUCAGAGCGUUCACACUGGAGAAAGGUCACUCACCUGUUCAGAAUGCGGGAAGGGAUUCACUCAAUCAUCCACCCUAAUGGCACACCAGGCAGUUCACACUAGGGAGUGGCCAUACAACUGCUCCAUCUUUGGGAAAGGAUUCACUCGGUCAUCUCAACUGAAGAUACAUCAGCGAGUUCACACUGGAGAGAGGCAAUUCACCUGCUCAGACUGUGGGAAGGGAUUCACUCGGUCAUCUCAACUGAAGAUACAUCAGCGAGUUCACACUCAGGAGAGGCCGUUCACCUGCUCAGACUGUGGGAAGGGUUUCACUCGGUCAUCUCAACUACGGAGACACCAGCGAGUUCACACUGGGUAGAGUCUGUUCACCUGCUCGGACUUUGGGAAGAGAUUCUCUCAGCCAGAUCAACCAAAUGCGCAUCAUUGAGUUCACACUGGGGAGAGGCUGUUCACUUGCUGUUAAUGUGGGAAGCGAUUCACUCAGCCAGCUAACCUUAUGGUAACUCAUUUUGGCUGGCAGCUUAACUUUGGAGUUGAUAGACCCCA